AUGGCCGCUCUUUGGGAAACUGGCGCCUAUGCAUUUCGCGCUCUUGGUUCCAAGGACCAACAAUCCUCCGGCAUUGCAACGGUCGCUCAAAUCUUGGUUUUGGUAGCGCCUAUCUGGGUGAACGCCUUCGCCUACAUGGUCUUCGCCCGCAUCGUUCACUUCUACUCGCCCACUCGCAAGGUCUGGUUAUUCUCCCCCUCCAUCCUCGCACUCAUCUUCGUCACCCUCGACAUUGUCUCGUUUGUCAUCCAGCUCCUCGGCGGUGGAAUGGCAGGUCCAGGCGCGAGUCUGGAAGCACAAAAGAAGGGCUUGAACAUAUACAUGGGUGGUAUCGGUAUGCAGGAAGGCUUCAUUGUUCUGUUUCUGGGGUUGGUCGUCAAGUUUCACCGCGACCAGCUCCAGGCGGAGAGGGUGGGACGCUUGCCCGCGGACAAGAUUGGUGGCUGGAAAUGGUUGCUGUACGCGCUGUACGCAUGCUUGCUGGCUAUCACCAUUCGCAUUAUCUAUCGUCUCGCCGAGUUCUCCGCUGGUCUUGGCGCAGGCAACCCGCUUCCGAGCAACGAGCCUCUCCUAUACGUUUUGGAGUCAGUUCCAAUGUGGUUGGCCAUCUUCGUGUGGAACAUAGUCCAUCCUGGUCGCUUUAUCCGUGGCCCGGACGCAAAGAUGCCGCGUUCGUGGCUGUCACGUCAUAUCUGCUGCUGCUGUGGCAAACGUCGUUGCGACGACUGCAAUGGUAAGCUUGGCCACGCUGGACCUCAUCAUCAACGCCUAGGAGACGACUCGGAUCUGGAAGACAACCAGGAAAUGCAUCCCGUACUGAAGAGUGCCGGAGGUCAUCAUGCCGUCAGCCCGACGAAUCCUUUCCUGGAUGGAACAUCUCGCGACUCUUCCUCGAAUUCCGACUCCAGGGAAGAGCACCGUCUUCGCCCUUCGUCGGCUGCCGCAAAUUUCCGCGAUGUCAGCCCAGAGCCAACAUCAUAUACUGCACACCGUCCUCGCGGGGUUCUGGGCUAA